AUGGCCAAAUCAAAUACGAGCCCAAAGAAAGAGGCCAAGGCUAAGACGACUGUGCCCAUCCAGCCCGUCCCGGAGAAGAGAGGCUAUGAAUUCGGUGGACCACUCGGCGCCUUUGGCAUUGUUUUCGGCCUCCCUACCCUCCUAUACUGCUUCGCUUUCUUUUGCAAUGACAUCUCAGGAUGCCCGGCCCCGUCUCUUCUCCACCCGUCGACCCUGACCUGGCCCAAAUUGAAGGAGGAAAUUGGCUGGCCUGGCGACGGUGUCGUGGGCCUUUUUGAUAUUGAAGUCGCACUGUGGGUUCUGUCUUACUAUGCGCUGCUCCUCGUGCUGCAAAUAUUUCUGCCUGGUCAGGUGGUGCAAGGAGUUCCGUUGGCAUGUGGUGGACGACACACAUACAAAUUCAAUACGUUUCGCUCCUGCCUGUUGAUUUUGGGCGGGCUGGGUGUAGGCACAUAUGUAUAUGGCGCUGAAUUCGUGGUCUGGACAUUCCUCUGGGAUAACUACAUUCAAGUGAUGACAGCCAAUCUUGUCAUUACUGUCCUGCUUUCCCUCUAUGUCUAUGCAAGAAGUUUCUCCAUCCCAGCUCCUGGACAGCAAAACCCACAAUACCGUGAGUUGGCCCCUGGAGGCCACACUGGUAACAUUCUCUACGAUUUCUUCAUCGGUAGAGAACUCAACUCUCGCGUUACUUUACCUAUCCCGUUUAUGAGCGAGGCGUCCCGAACCAUUGAUAUUGGAGUCUUUUGCGAAAUGAGACCAGGUCUGACUGGAUGGAUCAUUUUGAAUUUGUCAAACAUCGCACAACAGUACCGUGCUCACGGCCAUGUGACAGCCUCAAUUAUUCUCAUAACCGCGAUUCAAGCAUUCUACGUUUUGGAUAGUUACUACAUGGAGCCCGCCAUUUUGACCACCAUGGACAUCAUCAUGGACGGAUUUGGAUACAUGCUUUGCUUUGGCGAUCUUGUGUGGGUACCGUUUUUGUACACUACCCAAACAAGGUAUCUUGCCACGUUCCCUGCAAAGAUGGAUAUCAAUGGUAUUGCCUUAUUGUCUGCUGUCUCGGGACUUGGUUAUUUCAUCUUCCGCUCAGCCAACAACGAAAAGAACCGGUUCAGAACAAACCCAGAGGACCCACGGGUGAAGCACCUCGAGUAUAUCACCACCAAAACCGGAUCCCGGCUGCUCAUCUCGGGAUGGUGGGGAACAGCUCGUCAUAUCAAUUACCUCGGGGACUGGCUCAUGUCCUGGGGCUUCUGUCUUCCUACGGGUAUUGCCGGUUAUCUUAUGCUUGAGACACUUAACCCUGCCACAGGCCAAAUAGAGAAACAGGCUGUCCAAACCCCAGAGGUCCUUGGUUGGGGCUCAAUAUUCACAUACUUUUAUAUGCUGUACUUUGGGGUCCUUCUGAUUCACCGCGAGGGAAGAGAUGAGGAGAAGUGCGAAAAGAAGUAUGGCAAAGACUGGGACAAGUAUACAUCGCUCGUGCGAUAUAAAAUCAUCCCAGGUAUUUACUAA